AUGCCAGAAUACACCCACCACAUCGCCGUCCUAGGCGCAGGAACAAUCGGUCUAUCAAUGGUAGCCCUGCACCUCCGCCGACCCGACACAAGAGUAACAAUCUUCGACCCACGCCCAGACUUCAAUACACAGCUCCGCAGCCACCUCCCCGCCUUCUUAGACCCUACCACCCCUGGACUAGACGGUUCAAAAGACCCAAUAACCAAACUACUAUCAACAUCUCGACUGGCAACAGCACCUACCCUCGCCGCCGCCGUCGAAACAGCGACCAUCAUCCAAGAGCAAAGUCCCGAAAAGACGGACUCGAAACAAGCGCUCUGGACCGAGGUCGCUCGGCACGCAGAUCCCAGCGCGCAUCUUUGGAGUAGUUCUUCGGGAAUUUUGCCUUCGGCUCAGGCAGAGAAGUGUCCUCCUCGCGUUGCGGAGAGAUUACUUGUUGCGCACCCAUUUAACCCGCCGCAUGUGAUGCCGCUGGUGGAAAUUGUGCCUAGUCCAGUGACGAGGUCGGAGAGGGUGGAUUUUGUGAAGACGUAUUUUGAGACUACGCCUGGUCCGUCGAAUAUAGAGCCCGGUUCUUCUGCGGCGGCGGCUGUUUCUUCGGAACUAGAGAGGGAAGAGAUGAAGAGUGACCCGGGACAAUUCGUGCAACAUUAUCGACCUGUUAUUUUGCGCAAGGAGAUUCCUGGGUUUGUGGGGAACAGGCUUGCCUUUGCGCUGUUGCGUGAAGCUUCGUACCUGGUUGGCGAGGGGGUGGUUUCGGCGCGAGAUUUGGACGCGAUUGUUACUUCUAGUCUGGGUCCGCGGUGGGCGGGAAGUGGUCCUUUUGAGAGUUAUCAUGCUGGUGGUGGGGAAGGUGGGAUUGGGGGCUUUUUGCAGAAGUUGGCGCCGACUGUGCAAGAUGUCUGGAGUCAGUUGGGACAGAUUGAUAUUCUUACCGAGGGAGAGAGGCAGCAGGCUGGGGUUGAUGAGAAUGUUUCAGAGAAGGAGAAAUGGAGAGCGGAGGUGGUUCGUCAAACGGAAGAGGCGUAUGGUCCUUCGACAUCAGCUGAGAUGCGGGCGAAGAAAGAAGCUAUGUUGAGAAAUAUCCUUGCGCUGCAGAAGGAUUGCUAG